UGAAGCUCCAGCGCACACAUUCUCUCUCUCCCCAUUUAUCAGUCACAUUCAGCUUCUCAACUCUACUACUACAGCAGGACAGAGGGCAUCUUCAAAUACCGGGAAAACAUCCAUUUUAUCACAAUUUUCUAAAAAAAGAGAAAAUAACAGAUAUUCAUCUAAAUAAAUUUCCAAUUUCAAUGUAGUUUUCAGAGGUUUAGACUUAUUAUUAGAGAUUAGGCACUUUAACUUAUUGCAAAAUGUUAAUGUCAUUGGCCUUUAUUCUCUUCCUAAUUCCCGUGUCCUCUGUUCAAGGAAUACUUAGUGAAAAGAAAAAUUUGACAACCAAGUUAACAGAAGACACUAUUAGUUCAAAUGUUCCUAAGCUAGUACAUACGUUAUUAAACACCAAAAUCAAAAACCAAACUUUUUCUACCUCGUCAAAACCCAGCACUGUCAAUCAAACACUCUCAUCUUAUUCUAAGCCUUCUGUGGAUGGUGACCAGAAACACGUGUCUUCACUUCAAACCACAGCCGCUGAAAAGAAAAAUACUACAACCAAGUCAAAAGCCCAUACUGCUAGUCAUAAAGUUUCAAAGCCUUUAACUACAUUGUUAAACACCAAAAUAAAAAACACAACUCAAUCGGAUUCAUCCAAAACUAUCAAUAAUAAGCCCGCUGUGGAUGGUGAUCAUAAACAUGUGUCUUCUAGCGAGAAAAAGAAUAGAACAACAGCAAAUACUACUGUUCGUUAUGUGUCUAAACCAGUUACUGCUCUGUCAAACACCAAAAUUAAAAAACAAAGUCAUCCUACUGCCGUAAAAACUAACACCGAUAAUGUGACCCUCUUAUCAACUUCAAAACCUGCUGUGGGUGGUGAUCAGACACAUGUGCCUUUACUCCAAGAUGCUAUAAAUGAGAAGAAAAAUACUACAACAAAGUCAAUAGCUAACACUUCAUUUAAUGUUUUAAAGCCAGUAACUACGUCAUUAAAUAUCAAAAUAAAAAACCAAACCCAGUCUGCUUUGUCUAAAACUAGCAGCGUUAACCAGGGUCUCGCAUCAUCUACACAGCCCGCUGUGGACGGUGACCAAAAAUAUGUGCCUUCCAGCGUGAAAAAAAAUACUACUAAGUCAACAGCCAGCACUAGUAAUGUUUCAAAACCAGUAAGUAAAAAACAAACUCCCUCUGCUACAUCCAAAAUUCAUCCGACUUUACCAUCCUUCACAAAGCCUAUUGUAGAUGGAGAUCACUCCUUUCAAGGCACAAUUAAUGAAAACAGAAAUAGUACAACCAAGUUAAAGACCCACACUGGUAGUCUGAAUGUUUCAGAGCCAUUAACUACAUCAGUAAACACCAAAAUAAAAAUCCAAACUCAGUCUGUUUCAUCCAAAGCUAUUAAUGUGAAUCAGACUCUCCCAUCCAUCUCUAGGCCCGGUGUGGAUGGUAAUUACAAACAUGUGACUUCUACCGAGAAAAUAAAUACUACUACUAAGUCAACAGCCAGUACUAGUCUUGAAAUAUCUAAACCAACAACUACUUUAUUAAACACCAAAACAAAAAACCAAACUCAGUCAACUUCAUCCCAAGCCAUAAGUGUCAAUCAUACCUUACCAUCCACCUCAAAACAUGCUGUGGAUGGUUACCUGAAACAUGUGCCUUCCAGUGAGAAGAAAAAUACAACAACUAAGUCAACAACUAACACUAAUCUUAAAGUAUCUAAGCCAGCAACUACUUUAUUAAACUCAAAACCAAAAAAACAAACUCAGUCUACUUCAUCCCAAGCCAUCAGUGUCAAUCAGACUUUAGCAUCCACUUCAAACCCCAUUGUUGGUGGUGACCUAAAACAUGUGCCUUCUAGUGAGAAGAAAAAUACUACCAAGUCAACUGCCAACACUAAUAAUCUUAGUGUUUCUAAGCCAGUAACUACUUUAUUAAACACCAAAACAAAAAAACAAACUCAGUCUACGUCAUCCCAAGCUAUCAGUGUCAACCAGACUUUACCGUCCAGCUCAAAACAUGCUGCAGAUGGUGACGAGAAACAUGUGCCUUCUAGUGAGGAAAAAAAUACUACUACUAAGUCAACAGCAAGCACUAGUCCUAAUGUAUCUAAACCAGUAACUACUUCAUUAAACACCAAAACAAAAAAACAAAUUCAGUCUACUUUAUCCCAAGCCAUCAGGGUCAAUCAGACUUUACCCUCCACCUCAAAGCCCGCUGUGGAUGGUGAUCACAAACAUGUGCCUUCUACUGAGAAGAAAAAUGCUACAACUAAAUCAAUUCUUGAUGCUUUAAAGCCGGAAACUACAUUAUUAAAUACUAAACUGGCAAAGCAAACUCAUCCUACUCCCUCAAAAGUGAGCAAAGUCGAUCAGAGUCUCCCAUCCCCUACAAAGCCUUCUGUAGUUGAUGUCCAAAUGCCACCAAAAGACAAACCUGCAGUAAGUUCACCUAUUAAAGUAGUCAUCACCGAGGGUUGCAGUCAGAAGGAGCACCAGACAAAUGCUGGUGACGCAACAAGGACACAAGAAACGGAGCUGAGUUUGAAACCUGGUUCUCCUUUGGUUAUGACCCAUCACAUCAACCUGAUGCCAGCACCCUGCACGGGAGGUUGUGAGACAGAGAUGGCUGCUCUGAGAGAUAGGGUCGAGUUCCUCGAGAAGGAGAUGUCAGCACUUAAAAGAAUGUGUGUUCAGUGUUCAGAGGUGCAGUGCCCUAAAAACUGCAGUGGCCAAGGCAUGUGUGAAGGUGGAAAGUGUGUUUGUCAUAAAGGCUUCGGUGGCCCAGACUGCAGCGGUACAACGUGUCCUUCUAACUGCAACAAAAAAGGCAAAUGUGUGAAGGGCAAGUGUGAGUGUCUGAUUGGUUAUACGGGUCUGGACUGCAGUAAAGCCACAGUGACUAUUGAAACUGUGACUAUGAGGAUGCCAUCUAAAAACACCACUGCCAAGCCAGGCACAACAGUGAAGGCAAAGCCUCACAGGACCAUAUUUGUGAAAAAGAUAGACACAAAGGAAACCAAAGCGAAAACAAGCCCAACCAUGUCCACCAAUAAAACAAGUGUUGUCAAAAUGAAGUCCAACACAACCACAAGGAGCGACAAGAUUAUUACCGUAGGACAAGCUUUCCUAAUGCACAAAGAAGGAAACCGUCAACCGCAACAAACAAAGGGCAAAACAACAGUCAUGAAAGUGGGUUUAGACAAACGACUACAAACGGACGUGAAGCUGAGAACUGAAGAAAAUAAAGAGUCCACUUUAAAGGAAAAUAACCCUAAAGAUGAGCCCAUCUAUCAGAAGAAUAAUGGGACCUCCAAAGUUCUGAACCCGGUUAAAGAGACCAAGGGAUCAUCUAAUGGAACGAUAUCCAGAACAAAAGCCACUAUGAAAACUGUGGAUGAUCAAGGUAAAGUGAGCAUGCCUAAUGGUACAUCUACUGAUAAAGACAAGAAACCAACCCAUGGCAAUGUAACAACAGUUCUCAAAGUGGAGAAGAAGAGAUUUGAGAAACAUGUCAACAGGACAAGUAUUGAAACCAAACUUCGCACUAAGAAUUUUAACAGCACAACCAGCAGAUCAUCGGUUAUUGGAUCCGUUGAGGUUCAUAAUAUCACAUCCACUGGGUUCAUCAUGUCUUGGGAAGCCCCUCUAGAUGCAUUCAAGAACUUUACCAUAACCAGGAGGCAGGUCAAGCCAGGAAAAAACAUAGAAGACAACGAAGAUGCAGUGAAAGUAAAUGACAAAUGGGCAGAAGAUGUGACAGAUCCGUUCCAAAGGUUUAGUUCGAACAGAACCUUGGCUAAAGUCCACGGUAGCAAACUUGACGGGAGGACUGGGAAAAAAUUCUCACAGGUUCUUGACGUUACAGCACGGUCGUAUCACUUCAAGGGCCUUCAACCUCAAACACAGUACUCUGUCUCCUUGUUUGGCUCCAGUCCUGGAGUACGAUCCAAAAUUCACCGCCUUACAUUAUACACAGGCCCUGAGCCUCCUACUGACCUGAUGUUCGGUAAUAUAACAGAGACUGCUCUCACAGUGUCCUGGACAAGCCCUAAAAGCAUCGUAGCAGAAUUUAAAGUCACAUCCACCAACAUUGUAACUGGUGAGGGUGGCUCCAUGUCUGUUGACUCCCAGCUGUCUCAUGUCCUCCUGUCUAAGCUCACUGCUGGUGCCACCUAUGACAUCACUGUGAGGUCAUUACUGGAGACACUUGAGAGCGAGCCAAUCACAGCCUCUGUUACAACAGUGCCUGAUUCUCCUACUGAACUGAAGGUGUUGAACAUCACAGACACCAAAGCCCUGCUGGUAUGGAAACCAUCCCAAGCUAAAGUCAACAGUUAUAUCCUCAGUUAUGGCUCAUCAAAGUCUCCUAAUGUGACUAUUACAGUGACAUUAUCCGGCAACACUGUGGAGCACCAACUCAGAAGCUUGCAAAGAUCUUCGCUUUACGUGGUGAAAAUCACAAGUCAAGUCAACCGCCUCCAGAGCAGCCCAGUCUCCACAACCUUCACGACGGGAAGUGGAGUGAAGCUUCAGGUGGUGACUCCUGAUGACGUGACCUUUCACUCUGCUGUGAUUUCAUGGAAAGCUCCCCAUGUGGUUUUCAAAAGUUAUAGAGUCACGUACCAACCGACGGAAGAAGUUAAGGAGGUGAUUUUAAAUCCAUCUCUGACUCAAUAUGAGCUGACAGGGCUGGCGGCCUUCACAAACUACAUUGUUAAAAUAGAAGGAGAAAGGGAUGGACAGUACCUUGAUUUUGUUUCUGCAGAGUUUACCACUGCCCCGCUUCCACACCUGUGCCCCAGAGACUGCUCAGAGGUGCAGAUGAAUGGAGUGAAGGAGUCGGGGGACGCUGAGAUUUACCCAGAAGGGAAAGAUGGAGAGCCAGUGUGGGUCUACUGUGACAUGGAUACAGAUGAAGGAGGCUGGACAGUAUUUCAGAGAAGAAUGGACGGAUCCACAGAUUUCUUCAGGAGCUGGAGAGACUACAGUAAAGGCUUUGGCAUCCUCACCAGAGAAUUCUGGCUGGGAAAUGACGUCCUUCAUACUCUGACAAGCCUUGCGCCAAUGAGCAUGCGCGCUGACCUGCGUUCAGGAAAUGACACAGCUUAUGCUUACUAUGAAAACUUCAACAUUAGCUCUGAGGCUGAGCACUAUGCAAUAGAGCUGUCUGGAUACUCGGGCACUGCUGGUGAUUCUAUGAAAUAUCACAAUGGUCGUCCAUUCUCCACGAAAGACAAAGAUCCAGACAUCCUUAGUAUCCACUGUGCUAAAGCCUACAUGGGAGGCUGGUGGUAUAAAAAUUGCUACAAGGCCAACCUCAAUGGCCUCUAUGGUUCCUUCUCAGACAAUAAGGGUGUGGUGUGGAUAGACUGGAAAGGCAAAGACUCAUCUCUCCCAUUUACUGAAAUGAAGCUUCGGCCCUCUUAUUUGAGUCAAAGGGCUACGACAAUCCCAACAAUCCAAGGUUAAAUCUGCAGAGUAAACACUAGUUACAAAUACAUUGUACAACCUUCUACAAUGGUACUUUAACGUUAUCUUUUACAGUAUAAACAUGAAAGUGAUAACAUAUUCUGAUUAAUAUGAAGUUUUUUUUCUUCAAAUUGUUGUGUAGUGGUUAGAAUUGUGUAAUGUCAUACUGGAAUACCUGCACUGUUUUUGGUUGUAAUGUUAAAGAUGUCAGCAGAUUUGAUUUCUUGCAUCUUUUUUAUAUGGCUGGUUUUUAUAAGAAGUUCUUCUCUUUAAAUCUUUUUUGUUCUAAAUUUGAUGUCUUGUACACAAUCAAAUAAAACAAGUUAGAAGUAUUA